CUUCCCGUUCACGAAGGGCCGGCCGGGUAGAUUACUGAGUCUUACUACUUGAUAAAUUACCGCGAUAGUUGUAAGCAUCUCGCUCAAGUGUAUAUAAAUGCCGGCAGUGGCCAUCCAGUUCUCACAUCCAUUGCAUCCAUCUCUCGAGUGAGCAGCAAUGGGUUCCCUUCACAAGGGUGGGGUUUGGUGGUUGCUCCUGCUCGCCGCGGUGCUGCUGGCUACCGCGGCGGCAGGCGCGGAGCAGGACGAUGGGGCGGCAGCCACUGCCGUCCCGGAGGUGGAGGUGGAGGUGGAGGAGGUCGGCCGGCCCGUCGAUGAUCAGGGCAACGACUCGUGCGACAUCAAGUGCCAACAUCAUAAAGUUCCGGCGAGGAAGAAACAGUGCGUCGACGAGUGCCACAGCCGGGAGCAUCAUCACCCAAGCAGGGCGUCUUGCGAGAGGAAGUGUAGCCAUUGGAGAGACCCGGCAAGGAAGGAACAGUGCGUGCAGCAGUGCAUGCGCUACGGCCUCAACCUCGACGUGGGCGGCGGUGACGAUGUCAUCGAGCGCCCCCACGCCGAGGAGGUGGAGGUCGAUGAUCAGAGCAACGACUCGUGCGACCACAAGUGCCAACAUCAUAAAGUUCCGGCGAGGAAGAAGCAGUGCGUGGACGAGUGCCACAGACGGGAGCAUCAUCACCCGAGCAGGGCGGCUUGCGAGAGGAAGUGUAGCCAUUGGAGAGACCCGACAAGGAAGGAACGGUGCGUGCAAACGUGCAUGCGCUACGGCCUCAACCUCGAUGUGGGCGGCGGCGACGGCGACGGCGACGGCGAGCAGCUCCGCCGCUGGGAAGCGGUGGCCGGAGCCAUCAUCGAGGUGGUGUGACGUCCGCGGCGUCGCGCACCUAAUAAUAAUAAGAAUAAUGUAAUGGCGCUUCUGCGUGUGUACACGCUUCUAUAUAUACGCCCGCGUAUACGUCUUGCUAGCUAUGACGGCAAAGGCGUGAGAAUAAAAGACCAAUAGCUUGCAGUAGCAGCAUGAUUGGCGAUGCCUCUCCUAGAAGAGAGCUCCAUGGAACUCUGUUCCUUUUCCUUCUUUUAGCAGGUUGGUCUGCUAUGUAUGUUUACCGCAAGAAGAAGCAAGAGCUGCAUGUGUAUGUGUACGUGUAUGUAUACAUGCAUGUGUAAUGUAAUGUGUAUGUGUAUGUGUUGCACCCAGAAAUGAAAAGGUACGUAUAUUUGCGGUUA